UUUUAUCUUUACUCUUUUCUUUCUGGUAUCUGUAUCAUCAUAUUCUAAAGAUGUCGCUUCUACGAAAUGUUUCAAAGAUUUCACCACGUUUCUCGAUGGCAGCAAGAUCUACUCUUCAGCAACGUGCUAUGUCUGCUGUAGCUGCUGCUGCUAAGCAUCAGCCCAAAACACCUAUCGACCCUACAGCAGCCGGCCCUAUGCUCCGUUAUCAAAAAAACUUGCCCAAGCUUCCCGUUCCUGCUCUCAGCGCCACUUUGCAAAAAUACCUCAAAUCAGUCCGUCCUUUGUUGAAUGACGAAGACUUUAAGCGAACGGAAGAAGCUGUGAAAGAUUUUGAAGCUCCUGGUGGUUUGGGACAAAAGUUACAGGAGCGUUUACUCGCACGUGCACAAGACCCCUCUGUCGUCAACUGGAUGGAAGAUUGGUGGUUAGACCAAGCCUAUAUGGGUUACCGUGAUCCUGUUGUCAUCUAUGUCAGUUACUUCUUCUUGUAUAAGGAUGAUAAAUUACGUAAACUGCCUGCUCAGCGUGCUGCUGCUAUCGCUACAGCGGCCCUUGCCUUUAAAAAGGAAGUCGUAAAUAAAACACUAUCUGUUGAAAUGGCUAAAGGCGAACCUAUGUGUAUGGAUUCCUAUAAAUACAUGUUUAAUAAUUGUCGUAUGCCUAAGAAGCCCUCAGAUUACGAAGCCAUUUUCGAUCCUGUCAACAAUAACCAUAUCGUCGUUCUUCGCAAAAACAAAUUUUAUGUUGUCGACACUAUUCACGACGGUCAGCAAUUGUCUACUGCUGAACUUCAACAUCAAUUCGAGCAAAUUAUCAAUGAUGCUGGAUCAUUAAAGGGCUUGGCCAUCGGUGCCUUAACCUCAGAUAACCGUGAUAACUGGACAGAGUACCGCGAACGCUUGGUGGCUGCUAGUCCCGAAAAUGCCAAGGCUUUAGAAAAGAUAGAGUCGUCAGAUUUCAUUAUUUGUCUUGACGAUUCCACUCCUGUCACUCGUGAUGAAGGAUCUCGUGCUUGCUGGCAUGGUGACGGCCGCAACCGUUUCUUUGAUAAACCUCUGCAAUUUAUCGUUUUUGAAAAUGGUAAAGCAGGCUUCAUGGGCGAGCAUUCAUGCAUGGAUGGUACAGCUACCUGUCGUUUGAACGAAUAUGUCUGUGAUGGAUUGAAUAGAAACAAGAUCGAACACGGCUCCACUCAAAUUCGAUCCAGCCUCCCUCAACCCCAAGCUCUCAACUUCCAAGUGAACGACACUGUCCUGAAAGAUAUCCAAACAGCCGAAUCCAACUUUGAUACCCUUGUCAACAAACAUGAUCUUACAGUCUUAGCCUACCAAUCUUAUGGUAAGAAUCUGAUCAAGAAGUUCAAGUGCUCUCCUGAUGGAUUCGUACAAAUGGUCCUUCAACUCGCUUACUAUAAAAUGUUUGGCACUUCUCGUCCCACUUAUGAAUCUGCUCAAACCCGUAAAUUCCAACGGGGUCGUACCGAAACUGCCCGUUCUGUAACGACCGAAUCUGUUGCUUUCGUAAAGACUAUGGAAGACCCUCAUGCCUCCACAGAAAGUAAGUUGGCUGCCUUGCGCACUGCUCUAAAGGCUCAAGGCGCCUACAUGGCCGAUGCCGUCAACGGUCAUGGUGUCGAUCGUCACUUGUUUGGUUUGAAGAACACAUUACAAAACGGCGAAGAAAAGCCCAAGUUAUUCCAAGAUCCCGCUUAUGCUUACUCUUCUCAUUGGUAUAUUUCUAGCUCGCAAUUGAGCUCUGAACAUUUUGACGGUUAUGGUUGGGGUCAAGUAGUGAAUGAUGGUUUUGGUUGUGCUUAUAUGAUCAAGAAUAACGCACUUCAGUUCAAUGUCGCCAGUGUUAAGGAUUUGGAAGUGCACGGCACUAAAUAUGUCAAUGGUACACAUCAUUUCAAGCAGUAUAUUGAAGAGGCUGCUAAUGAUAUGAGAGAUUUAUUAUCUACUGAACUUCAAGCUGAAGCCAAGUUGUAAAAUAAAAUAAAAAAAGAACGAAGCAGAGACAUUCCCUAUUGUUGAUCUUACAUAAGAGCCCUUAUUUAUUCUUUAUUAACUUAGAAAGUUUUUUUUAUAUAUUUAUUCUAUACAGUAUAUUACAAUAAAAUACAUCGAGCACUGCUUAUAUGAAUCGUUUGCCAAAUGCUAUAAAAAUAAUAAAAUUGCACACUUGGAAGAUUGUGUAAAAUGAUAGAAGAGUUGAAGUCUUAUUUUUUUUUAUAUCUCCUUGGGCUCUAUUCAGUUUGUAAUACACAGUUCGCUUUUUCUUUUUCUUUUUUUUUUCGGUGUCACUAACGAAGGUAGUUAGCGUACUUGUACAGAGAUGUAGUACGAUCAGGGAAAGGAGUGAGAAUUUGAGAUGCGACAACGACAAAGAACUAAAAAGACAUUGACCGCCACCUGGUCUAUUUUUUAAAUUCACGC